GCACCUGCGCGAUCACGUGAUCCAGAAACCCGGGCGGCCGCACCUUCACUGUUUAAGAUGUAAAAAACCCAAUAAAACCUUAAAUAAGACAUAAAAGAUGGAUUCAGGAGACAACCCCAGCACUGUGAGGUGCAAGCUGUGCGGAGAGGCAUUCAGUCUGCCUGAGGAUGAUUUGGACGGGAACCUACCUCGUAUGCUUUUAUGUGCCCACAUAUACUGCACGUCCUGUCUGCUGUCCAUUCACUGUGACGGAGUCAUUAGAUGUCCAGAGUGUGAGGUUGAGUCGACGCUCCCUGAAGGAGGCGUGUUCGGCCUGCAGGAAGACAGCAGAAUCAUUGGCCUCAUCUACACUUCUAAAAUGAACAAGAUGAAAAGGUGUGAAAGAUCAAAGAAUCGCAAAACGAACAAAUUAUCACCGACCACAGACUUUAAGGCCAAUCAUGAGGAUGUGGAGCAGCCAGCUGAUGUGGAAAAUAUUAAGAAGUUGGUGGACGAGGCGUUGGCCCAGGCUGCAGAAAAUCUUGCCCUUCUGGACGACAUCAAUGAGACUCUGACCAACGGUCUGGCAGAACAGGUGAAGAGAGAGAGAGCUCGGCUGGAAAUGGAGAUCAAGCAAGCUGCAGACAAAGCUUUACAUGCUGUUCAAAAGUGGAAGGAUGUUCAGUUGAGUCAGCUGACAAAACUGGAGGCCCGAUUCUCCUCCAGCCAAGCAGAGGUGAGCUCUGUCCAGAAGAGGAUGAAGGCGCUGGAGAUAACCAUGCAGAUGGCCAGAGAAGUACGACGUGUCCCCUUCCUGGAGCAGUACUGCACCCUGGACAAGGUUCUGGAGUCGCUGCAGGCUCCUGUGGAUAAACAGUCCUACAACAUGAAAGACAUUACUUUGGGCUCCGGAAUGAGCUGUGUUUUCCUGUCAGAAUGUCUGAACCAGAGUCUGGCGUUGUCUCUAAAAAUGGAAGUCGGCGUCCCGAAGCAGUUGUCCGACUCUCCUCCCAAAGGAAACCAGCAGAGCAGCUCCAGCAGAAAGUCCCUGUGGCAAAGUUCAAAGGGCAAGAACAAAAACUGCCUCUCACCAAAACCGGACCAGGAGAGCCCCGGAGCCCACAGCUCCUCCUCCUCACGAGGCUCCUCUCCGACCCCGGCGCCUCGACGCCGCUCCAACCGCUCUCGCCAGAGUUCAACCUCCGACCCCGGAACUCCGGACGUAAUACUUGAGGAGCUUUUAAUAGAGGGAAAAGAGAAAGCUCUCCCACCCACCGGCCCUGAGCUGGCCAAUGACAACUGGAGAAUCAACAGGAGGAGGAAAAAUCAGUCGUUUGGGGACAAGAGAAAUGUCACCCAGUGGGUGGUGGUGAGCCACGUCGUGAAUCCGAGUCACUUCUACGUCCGCUACGUGGCCGAGAAGAGGGAGAGCGAGAACCUGUCCAAGAAGAUCAACCACUUCUGCUGCAGAGACAGUUGUCGCUUCACCUCCAGUGACACAGUGGAGACCGGCUCCCUGAUCUUUGUGAAGUGGAAGGAGGGACUCUGGUGUCGAGCCACUGUGGUCGAAGUCUUUCAGACCCGAUGUGUGGAUUCUGUAAAAACCUGCUCAGUCAACCAGCUGUCCGGCAUCCGAGUCUUUCUCCUGGACUCUGGCGUCGGCAAAAGCCUCACCAUACAGAGUGAGGAGGAAACCACUGAGUCCUCACUGGAGGCUGUGAAUGAUCACCUGAGGAAGGUGGGUGAAGGUGUGAAGGUGGAGCUCGGUUACUUUGCUCCUCAGGCCAUCAGAUGUUCACUCAAGGACCUGGUCCCCUAUGAUCUGACAAAGGGCUGGAGUAAAGAGGCGCAGCUUGAAUUCGUCAGUGUUGUCGGCUCUGCAGCGGUGGAGAUGAGACCUUUGGGUCAGGACCGAGACACUCUGCUGGUGGACCUGAGGAAAGCUCCCAUGAACCAGUCCAGUGAUGUGCCCAUCUCCGUCAGAGAGUACCUGGUCUUCAUUGAAGUGGCCAGGUUUUAUUCUCCAGUGAGUUUGGGCAGGAGGCCUCUGCUGUACUACCCUCCGAAAUAUCCCAAGAUCAACACAGAGCUCAAUGCUGUGGUGUCACACAUCAACAACCCUUCCGACUUCUACAUCCAGCUGGUCGAUAACAUGGAGUUCGUGUUGCUCUCUGCGAAGCUAAAGGAUUGUUACAAUGCGACUACGUUGGCCGGUGAAGACGACCUGAACAUCUACUGUCCCGUGAUAGAGCAGGCCUGUGUGGCCCGAUAUGAGGACAAGCUGUGGUACCGAGCUCAGGUCGUAGGUCACCCAGGGGGACGAAAAGUGGAGGUGCAGUACGUUGACUUUGGCAAUAAGAAAAUCUUGUCAGUCAGCGACUUGAGGAAGAUCAAGGAUGAGUUCUUCGCACUUCCUUCCAGGGCGAUCCACUGCUGUCUGUCAGAUGUGAUUCCUCUGGAUGGGAAGACCUGGAGUGACGCCUGCAGCAACAGAUUCAUCAGCCUGGCUCACCAGAAACUGGUCACUAUUGUGGCUACAGGAAAAGUCCCAAAGUCUGAGCCUCUGCCGGUCAAACUGUAUGAAAGCGGCCUGAACGGACCGCUGGACAACAUAGCUGAGCUGCUGGUCAAAGACGAGCUGGCCUCCUUCAGAGAGGGACUUGAGUCAACAGAUGCUGGUAAUGAGUCUGCCAUAUGGGACCCUCCACUGGAGCUCGGUUUGUCCGCGGAGGACCUUGGUGCUCCGGACCAAAACGCCUCCGGAGAGCAGAGCGAGGAGUUUCAGCCUCAACUGAAGCUCCCCGAUCAACUCAAAGACCUGAAAGUCAGAGUCAGCCACGUGAACUCCCCGGGCAGCUUCUACGUACAGUUCACCCAGAACGACUCUCAGCUCAAAAGGAUGUGUGAGCUGGUGAAGAAGGAGUGUGCUCUCAUGGAGCCAGAAGAAGUGGUGUGGAAGGCAGACAUGUACUGUGCUGCUCACAUCAACGGGGUCUGGGAGAGAGGACAGAUCUGCUCCUACGUCUCAUCCAGAGACAUUGCAGAGGUGAUGCGCUGUGACCAUGGCAACAAGAUGGAGCUCCACGUCAGCAACCUGAGGCCUUUGCCGUCCUCCUUGACGGGCUCUCUGGCACUGGAGUGCACUCUGACUGACAUCAGACCGGCGGGAGGACGAUCCACCUGGACGGCGACAGCCUGCGACUUGAUCUCUUACUACCUCACCGGAGCCUCGGCUGUUCUGACCAUCAAGGAGCUGACAGAUGAGCGUCCGGUACCCGUCACUCUGUUCUGCUCCAACAAGAUGGGACAGUUCAUCAGCAUUGCAGACUUUCUGGCCAGCGAAGGUCUCGCCCUCAGGGAGAGAAAACCAAGAGACGCUGCCAUUCAAAAAUCCAAAGAAACUGAUGCUCAGUCUCCAGUGAGCGAGACCCAGACUGACGGUCCUGAUGGCGAGAAAAAACAAACUCCCACAGCUCCUUCUGUCCCUCCUUCCCCCUCCACAGCCUCCCUCGUCUCCACUCCAAAACCAGCCUCCCGCACCAUCUUGUCUGCGGAGAAGGUGAAGACUGGGUCGUACCUUCCUCCAGAGCUGCCGUGUCUCGGUCACAUCCAGAUAAGCGUCUCUGCCAUCGGAGAGGACGGACUCAUUUACACCAGGACACAGAACGCAGAGUGCCAGCAUGAGCAGCUCAGGGAGAGGAUCCAGCAGAGCAUGAAGACUUUACCCAAACAGAAGCCCUACACCUGGAAGUCUGUUCAGGGCUGUGCCGUCAUCGGACCCGACAUGCUGUGGUAUCGAGGUCAUCUGCUGGAGGUGCUGGGAGGACACGUUAAGGUACAAUACGUGGACUACGGUCUGGUGGAGAACAUCCCGGUGGUCCACGUGUACCCGAUGCUGCUGUGUGACGACGUCCCUCAGCUCUGUAUGCCCUGCCAGCUGCACAGCAUCAACCCGGUUGGUGGGAGGUGGCAGCGGGAUGCGGUGGCCUUGCUGAAGGAGGUGUUGCUGAACCGCUGUGUGGACAUGACAGUCACGGAGCUGCCGACCGACCCGAGGAGACCCCUCACCGUUGAGCUCUUCCUGGACGGGCUGAGCCUCAGCAGGAUCCUGUGUCACCAUGAACAUGCCUCCAUGGACCGGACCGGCGCCGCACAGAAGGAGCCCUCAGUGAUGUCUCCGGCCCUCCUCCUGGAUGACUGGGACAUUGACAUUAAGGAUCUGAGGGGCCCCGAGGAGCCGAUGCUGGGGCCCUUCAUCUACCCGAACCUGCCUGAGAAGGGAGAGCGGUUUCAAGUCAGGGUCAAGCACCUGUGGACCCCCAACGAGCUGUUCCUGUGGCCGUUAGAGGGAUCAUCUGAUGUGGAGGUGGACGGAGAGACUCUGGAUGAAGCUCUGACUCGUAUCAAUGCAAACAUCACCGCUCUGCAGCGACUCACUAACUUCCAUCACGGCGCUCCGUGUCUGGCAGAGUACAGCGAUGGGAAGUUCUACCGAGCCAGUCUGAUCAGGUUCAGCAGCGUGGAGCCCGUCAUGGUCCUGGUCCAACACGUGGACUUCGGCUCUGACGACACGCUGCCCUCCAGCAGGCUGCGUCAGAUGCCGGCCGAGCUGCUCCGGUUCCCCUCCCAGGCGCUGAAGGUCAAAGUGGCCGGCUUCAAGGCUCCGAGAGCGAGCAGACAGGAAGACGUGCUGCCGUACAGCCCAGGCUGGAGCGUGAAGGCCGCCAUGGACAUGAUCGACAUGCUGCACGGGAACAUCACCGCCUCGGUCCUGGCUCGUGACCCGGUGCUCACGGUGCUGCUCUACAACGAGGAUGACGAGCUGGUCCACCUUCCUCUGGUGAGCAGCGGACUGGCUGAGUUUGAGUGAAGCCGAGUGGAGACGAUCUCCUCGACACAGUUCAGUUCAUGUUUCCUCUGACGUCCUGCUUUGUUUACAUCUUCAUUUCACUCAUUUGUGUUUUUUGAACGGCUCUUUUUAGUUUUUACAUGUUGCAGAAAAUGCACAAAUUCACAGUGAAUCCUGUGCAGCAGUGCUUUUAUUUAAAGUUUGGAUCGCUGUGUGUUGACAUGGCACUUUGUUUUCUGCUGUUUGACUCCUGUGAAUAAUGAAGGUGCAGAUUAAACCUUUCUAAUCUAAGUCCAACCUUUCUGCUGUGGUUUCUUUAUAGAUAAUAAAAUAAUAUACAGUUACACCUCAACAACAAAGAUUCUAAAAAAAAAACAACCUGAAAUUUUUAUUUUACAAAAACAUAUACAAUAAGCUAAGAAAAUAAAUAUAUAUUUAACAUUUUUACAAAUUAAAAUAGUUGUAAACAAACACUUAAAACCACUUCACACACACUGAAACGUUUCUUUAUCCCCAGGCCUUCACUGAAAAUGUAAACAAUGUGUGUUAUUGUUUAAAUAUUAAGAUUUCUAAAAGACAUCUGGAGUUCCUGUUCACAGUUAAUAAAUACAAAAUAAUAAUUUAAAUGCUAUUAAAAAGGCUUCUGACUUCCAGCUCA